AUGAAGCUGCCCGUCGAGUCCUCAACUGAGGGCUCCAUGCAAGUUGACACCAUCCGGUGGGAGGUCCCUCCUGUCGUCCAUGACAUCUACCUCGAGAUGCUCAGGGACGUCAUCUUCUACGCCCAUCGUAUCAUCCUGAUCCAGGAGGCAUUACAGUCGCAGUCGCAAGCUGUCGUCGAGAAGAAACGCGCGGUCGUCCAGGCCGCCAAGGAGAAAGCCAGCAACGGCGGCACCUCUGGUGCCCCAGGUUCUUCGUCCAACGUCGUCACGCAGUCGACCAUGGACAAGAAGUUAGAUAAGCUGAAGAAGGAGUUGCAGGGCGGGGCGAAAGCCAAGAAGGCAAGGAGCAAGCGUCAGAAGAAAACUUCUUCGACGCCGAGUACGUCGACAGCCACCCCGACGAUCCCCCCUCCCGCACGUGCAGCGAGGGCCAAGUACUCGGCGACGAAGGCCAAGAAACCCAAGGCCAACAAGCCCUCCGGCGGCAACGGAGGCAGGAAGGCGGGCAAGCAGCCCGCGUCGAAGUAA